AGGGCGAAUCAACGCAAAGAUGUCCGGCCCCUUGCUUACCGAGGCCGAUGCGCCGGUCUUGGACAACUCUUUCCGCAAUGUCCUGGUGCUGUACGGUCUGCCCGACCCCGAAGCCUCCAAGAUGGCCAAGCUCGAAAAGGUCAUCAUCAGCAAGGUGCUGAAGGAUUAUCAUAUCGUCGAGCACCGCUUCCUCGUUGAUGAGGAUGGCAAGGGUCGUGGCGUUGCCUUUCUUGAGUUCGAGACUGUCGAGGCCGCCAACACCGCCCUCGUGGCCCUCGACGGCUACAAGCUGGACAAGAAGCACACCUUCCAAGCCUGCCUUCUCGAGGAUAUGGACCGCAUCCUCAAGACCGAAGACGAGUUUCAAGCCCCGCCCGAGGAAGCCCUCGACUCAAAGCUUAACGAGCUUCAGAGCUGGUUGCUCAACAGCGACUGCUACGACCAGGUCGCGCUGCGUUACCAGAACAUGACCUCGAUCGGCUGGAACAUGCGUAACCGCGUGAACAUUGCCUGCGAGCGUGAAGGCUGGUCCGAGCUUGGUGUGCAAUGGUCGCCGCUCGGCUCAUACCUGGCCACUUUUCACCAACCUGGUAUCUCCCUCUGGGGUACUGAGAAGUUUGAGCGCAUCAACAAGUUUGCGCACAUGGGUGUCAAGUUUAUUGAUUUUUCUCCUUGCGAAAACUACAUGGUCACCUUUGCCCCGGCUACGCCCAUCAACGAGAAGGACCCUCGCAGCAUCAUCAUCUGGAACCUCAAGACGGGUGAGCAAAUGCGCGGUUUCAUGCCCCCACGCAAGUACCGCAGCGCCCACGGUGAGGUCGAGGAGAUGUGGCCCGUCUUCAAGUGGAGCCAUGACGACAAGUACUUUGCCCGUAUGACUGACGCGGACACGCUUGCCGUGUACGACACCGAGUCGUUCAAGAAGCUGGAUAACCGUGGCAUUCAAAUCACGGGUCUGCAAGAGUUUGCCUGGUCGCCGCGCGACAACGUUAUUGCUUACUGGCAGCCCGAGAUUGCCCAGCGCCCCGCCCGCAUGGGUAUCCUGGAUAUUCCCCGCAAGGAGGAUCUCACCACUCGCAACAUGUUCUCCGUCGUUGCUUGCCACCUCGUCUGGCAAAAGUCUGGCGAGCAUGUUUGCGUGCACGUCGUACGCCACAACAAAAAGAAGACUCAGCUGUAUUCUGAUUUCCAGAUUUUCCACAUGAACGGCAAGGACAUCCCCUGCGAUCAGCUUGAGCUGCACCGCCCCGUCGUUGGAUUUUUCUGGGCACCAGAGGGCAACCGCUUUGCCGUCAUUAGCGGACAACAUCCCAUGACUCGUGUUGAGACCUACUCGCUCGAGUCGCGCAAGAUUGUCAAGCACCCCGAACACCUCGACAUCACCUGCGAGAGCGUGUUCUGGAGCCCCACCUCUCAGCACAUGAUCCUGGCCGAUCGCUUCAAGAUGAACAGCCAGCUCGUGUUUGUGGACGCCAACACAAUGGAGACGAUCCGCAUCGUUGAGCAUGCCAUGGUGACAGACAUUGAAUGGGAUCCCACUGGCCGCUACGUGGCCAGUAUUGCCAGUGCGUCCAAGACGCAAGUGGACACGGGCUACAUCAUGUGGUCUUUCCAGGGCAACCAACUGCACAAGAUGAACAGGAAACACUUUUUCCAGCUUCUGUGGCGUCCGCGUCCCAAGGAGCUCAUCAACGAUGAUGACCUCAAGGAGAUUCGUCGCAACUGGAAGAAGUACCAGACCAACUUUGAGGCCGCGGACAAGAUGAUGAUGGAUCAGGCGGACGAGGAAACCCUGCAGGCUCGUCGUGCCAUGCUCGAGGACUGGAGCGACUGGCAAAUGUCUGUCGAGAAGCGCCUGUCCGAGCUGCGUGCUCGUCUCAAGAAGCUUCGUCCCGAGGAUCAGGAAGACAUUGUUGAAAUUGUGGAGACUGUCGAGGUGCCUGUCAAGGUCGAGGAGGUUAUCGUGGAGUAAAUGCCCUUCCCUGCGCCGAGCGCGACGGGUUUAUGGCAGAGCCAUCUUCUCGCGCGUUGGGCUUGGUGCCAACUUUUUUUCUUUUUGUUUUCGUCGUCUUCUUCACCACAUGGAGUGUCGUCUUCCUUGUCUUCCGUGACGACGAGAGUUGCAUGACACACUGUACUCAACUUUUCCCUGCUUUUUUUUUCCUUUUUUUGGGUUGUAUUACUUACGACACGGCAAGCUCGAGGGCAAUUGGCCGAGCUGUGCAAAAUUCAACAGACUUUUAAAAAAUAAAA